CGGCCGGAGACCCCCAAACGGCUCCUCGGAGCUGAGCAGGAAGGGACCGAGGGAGGCCAAGCCUCGGCUGCUCCUCCUCGCCCCUGCCCCGGGCCGCCGCAGCUCCUCCUCGGCCCCGAGUCCGGCGGCUUGGGGGUCUGGAGCCCAACCCUGCUCUGCCGCCGGCCCCACCGGCUGCCCGCCCGCUCACCGGGGCUGCCCCGCGGCUCUGCAGCCCCCCACGGUCUGCUUUGCAGGCUUCUCGACGUUGGAGAAGACCUCCAAGAUCAUCGAGCUCCAACCGUGCCAGCUGCUGGGCUGGCAGCUCCACCAGCUCCAUCCAGCUCCUCCUGGCAUCCCAAGGAGGAACCCAGCAGCUGUGGGGCUCAGUUCCAGGGGCAUUCGUGGCACAGAAGGAGCCAGCAUGAACGUGGGCACUGCCCACAGCGAGGUGAACCCCAACACCCGGGUGAUGAACAGCAGGGGCAUCUGGCUGUCCUACGUGCUGGGCAUCGGGCUGCUGCACGUGGUGCUGCUCAGCAUCCCCUUCUUCAGCGUGCCUGUGGUCUGGACCCUCACCAACAUCAUUCACAACAUGAGCAUGUACAUCUUCCUGCACACCGUGAAGGGGACUCCCUUUGAGACACCAGACCAGGGCAAGGCUCGGCUGCUGACACACUGGGAGCAGAUGGACUACGGAGUGCAGUUCACAGCCUCGCGCAAGUUCCUCACCAUCAUGCCCAUCGUCCUGUAUUUUCUAACCAGCUUUUACACCAAGUACGACCGGAUACACUUUGUCAUCAACACCAUCUCCCUGAUGAGUGUCCUGAUCCCCAAGCUGCCGCAGCUCCACGGCGUCCGCAUCUUCGGCAUCAACAAGUACUGAGCCUGGAGCCCAUCGGAAGAGGAGCAGGGGAAGCUCCUUCUCUUUUCCCCCCCAUCCUGGCUCCUCAGCCCUGCACACACACUGGGGACUGAAGCUCACAGCAGCUGUUGCAGGCAGUACCUGACAGACACACGCAGCAUGCUGGCUCCUCCUGCCCAACAAAGCCUAUGCCGGCUCCUGAGUAGAGUAGCGGGGAGCAGGAUGCACGCCGCUGGGUUCCCUUCUCCUCCCAGCCUCCUCGCUAGGUGCAGAUAACAACACUGAAACUCUGGAGGUACGAGGGUGAAUCCAUCCCAGAUCCUGAAGGAAGAGAAAGAGGGAUUGAGGGAGGUGGGGGGGGAAGGGGAAGCUUUUUUAGUGCUGGUACUAUUGCUGUGGUAAAUGCACUUUACAGUAGAGCUCCCAUUCUGAAGCUUGGUGCUUUAAGCAGUUAGGUGAGGUGAGGGGGGAAAUUCAAAGGGAUGCAGCCAGACUGUCCCGAAAACUUGGAUUGUUUGGGGGAGGGUGGAGUUCCUUUUUAAAUUUUUUUGGAGGGGAGGGGUGAGGGAAGAGAAGAACUGAUUUGAUUUUGACACCACUGAGGAAAGAAGACAGCACAGGAAGGACCAACCUGCGACUGGACAAAGCUUUCAGCUCUUGACGGUACCGUUUGUGGAGGGUCAGGAAAGAGAUGAACAGAUCCCAAAUCUUAACCUUUGUUCUUUUCAUCUUGUGUAUCCAAAUUUCUCCCAAAUUCCUCAUUUUGUUGGUGCUGGUUCUUUUUUAAGCACAUUCCAAACACUGAGGCAGUGCAGUGCUUGGAUUAAGGGCUGCAGGUUGUGUUUAGUGAUCGACCACAACCACCACUGAGCAUCUCGGGACACACAGCAGGGCAGACCUUGAAGGCUGAUUUGAUUUCACAGAGCCAAUGGGUGACUGCAGCUGGAGCAUUUCUCCUCAGUCCAGCUCUUGGGUUGCUUCAGUCUGUCUGCACAUUCCUGGGAUUUGCCAGGGGACUUCAGUCUGGCUCCAGGUUCCGUUUGGUUCCACCUGAAGCCUGUCGCUCAGCUCCACGCACAAACCCUGCAGCAGCAUCCCCUUGAUGAGCCCUGAGGGGGAAGCAGCACCAGGCUGAGCUCCCAAUGGGAGAUUCUUUCCUCUAGGAACAAAACUCAGCCUUUUUUCCUCCUUAAAACUGCCACCUGAAUAAAGCAGGUUCAGAUCUCCUGGGUAAGACAGCUUCCUGCUGCUCCCAAGGGGGCCGUGAUGGGUGAGGUGGUUUCUCCUCAUGCCAGCUGUGGCUUUGUUGUCUUAGCGCUUAGAUCACCUCCCUUUGGUUAGAAACAUCUUAAAGAUGCUAAUUUUUGGUCCUGCAUUAGCCAAUUCUAGCUUUAGAGGUCAUAGUGGAUAUUGCUGAGUUGUUUGCUGGGCUGAGUAUAGGAUAUGGGUAGGGGAAGGUGAAGGCUGUGCAGAUCUUGCACUGCUCCAGGUGUUAUUUUAGGUGAGCUGCUUUACUGCCCUAAGCUCAGGCCUGGCCAUUGCUGCAGAGAAGGCAACACUCAGUGCACCUCAGAGUGCUGCUGGAAGGAAGAGAAUCAGAAUAAUUGGUGGGAAAAGGAGAAACAAAGAAGGGGGAAGGUAUAAAAGAGUCUGGCUGGAUCCUGAGGGCUGUUCUCCAGCAAGGGGGGUUGAGAGUUUGUUUGUUGGGGUGGGGAGGGGUUAAACCUUUUCAGCACCAAGGAACUGCUGAUGAAUUCAGGUACUGGGUGCCCUGAAGCUGAUGUAGUCUUUAAGCUUUAAGACAAUGACUUUAGAAAUAGAUUUAAACCAAACAGAGAUAGUUCAGCAAUCAGCUUGGAAUUGGACAGUGUCAGUGCCCAGAAUGCUGCCCGCUGGACAGAAGCUUUCUUUGGGUAGAAGGUGAGGGGAAAAGCAAACUUUGCUGUGACAGAAGCAGCUUAAAACCCAUCACUGCUGCAGCCAAAGGUGCACUGCUGGCUUCUGAGGGGGUGCAGCUUGCACUCAGAGCAGGGUUGGUAUUUUGAGUGUGAGCAGAAAGUGAAGGCCAAGGCCAGCUGAGCUCCGUGGAGUGCAGCACUUCACAGCUUCUUCCAAAGCCUGAGCUCUGAGUCUUUGAAGAUGUUUGGGUUUUAACUGACACUGAGGACACCUGAUCCUGUUGGGCUGAGUUAAAGAGCAGCUGUAAAAUACAACAGGAUCAGAAAUGGUCCCCAAAAGGUAGGUUUUAAAAGCCUGAAGGCUAAAAGCUGUUAGGCAAAGCCUUAAUUCUAACAGGAAACUUUUCUGCUGUAGCUUGUUCCACACUGAAGUAAUUAAAAAGAAGACAUUAGGCAGCUGGGGGUCCCCUGGCCAAGGAUGUGAUAGCAACACAGCUUUGCCAUGGAACACCAGGGAGUGACUCAGAGUCACACAACUUCACCCAGGCAAGGGAAACACAACUGAAAUGGUGGAGAAAAGGAGUGAGAGGGGUGAAGGAAGAUUGUGUGUUAAUGAUGGAGGCUGUCAGUUAUCUCCAUGAGGUUAACAAUUACCUGAACGAUUCUGUAGCUGAUGGCAUCUUCCCCAGGGUCCCACUUCCCUCCUUCUUCCCCAAGGUCCCUCCUUCCUCAGGGUCCCUCCUUCUAGGUCAGCAUCAAUAUUAAUCAAAAGCAGACCCAGAACCCCCAUGGUCAUUGUCAUUAAACCACAACUGCUACUUGUUAGGAGGACCUGAGGCAGUUCUGGCUGUUGGGUUCUGCUGGUCUCAGUGUAGGUUUAUGGCUCCUUCCAGUUGGUUGUCACAGAGGUUGAGAGGUCUUAGCUCAGCUUCCAGCUGCCUGUGGUGGUGUGGAAGGACCAGACAGUGCUGGGUGUCCUGGAAGUUUACACUGCACUGGUUUGGGUUUGUUAAACCCAGGUGGAAGUGAGUUCAGCAGUGGAAGGCUGAGCUGGCACACACAGGGUACAGACACAGCACCCUCCUGGGGUACCUCGCUCCUGGGAAGGGCCAGCAGGAUGCUGUGGGCAGGGUGAGGAGGGCUGAGGUGUGGACCUGCAGCUAAGUGAGGGAGAACCUUCAGCAUGGAGAGGCAGAAGCACAGAGGCUGCCCAGCCCUCCUCUGAGACUGGAAUCUUCUCCAGGUACCUGUGUGUGGGAGACAGUUGAUUGUUACUGAUUUUAGGUAGGAUAUGGAUCACAUCUGGCAGGUUUUCCUCUCAGACUUGUUCUGGCUGCCUGUGAGGAACAUAGGGAGGAGAAUUACAGGUGGGCUCCAUCCUAGAACCAAGAAACAAUCACUGGGGAAGGGGGGGAGAGGGGGGCACUGAACAGAGUUUUUUCCUCUUUAGUUCUGCCAUGAAUGCUGAAGGAGAAAAGCUGCACUUGAGCUGCUCACAGGCACUGGCAGAAGCCAUCCCUCUGCCCCACACUCUCCUGGGCAAAGCCACUGCCAGAGCAGGAAAGCCAGGACACAACUGGAAACUUCCAAAUGAAGGAUCCUGUCUCCUGAUCCCUUUCCCAUAGCCAACAGGAUGUCAGCCAGGCCAGUUCUGGGCAGGAAAACAAAACAAAAAGGCUUUAAAUAGAGAAAAAUCAAAAGCCUGAGGUCUUAGGACUGCUUCAUUCCUGGGUACUUUGUUGAGGGGAGGGUUUAAUCAUUGUUUAAUUUGUUUGUUUUUAAUAGAAACAUUGGAGCUGGCCUCUUGGAGAGGAGCCAGCAGCUGAGUUAUCUUCUUUAACACAUUCAUAUUUCUCCUGGUGACUUUAGGUUGCUUUUCUCUUUUGGCCUAAAGCCUCUUUUAAGCAUGCAAGGGGAAAAACAAAAAGGAUGUUUGUGACAACCUCUUCCUCCUAGGAGCAGUUUGUGAGCUCCAUUUUGUUUGGUUUGGGGUUUUGGGGGGUUUUGUUUGGGGUUUUUUGGGGGGUUGCUUUCUUUUUAAUGGGAAGUUGUGACGUUGUACAGAGUUUGAGGGUUGGCUGGUGGUUGUUUGGGGGUUUGUUGUUGUUGUUCCCCAGUAGCCUUUCUUUUUUGCUGUGUCUGCAGAAGUCUCACCUAGAGAACUUUCUAAAAGGAAAGUGUGAAUAUUUUUCUUACUCCUUUGUACAGUAUUGGAAGAGAAACUAAUAAAAUAUUCAUGUAAAAA